AUGGACCUCAUGAAGCCCCCUGGGCUGGCUCAGCGGCUGCGGUACGGGGCGCCGGGAGUUAACCGGGGUUAUGGACGCGGCCCCCCGACGCUCCAAGGUUCCCUCCCCGACGGCCUGAACCUGCCCCCGGCGCCCGCCCCGCUGCUGCAGGAGCCCGAGGUGCAGCCGGCCCCUCGCCACGGCCGCGGACACCACAGCAGCGACCCAGCGGGACCCCCGGCAGCGCCCGCUCCCCCCCGGCUGCGCGGAUCCGGGUCCCUGCUCGGCUCUGGGUGUGUGCCGUGUCCCUGUGCUGUGUCCCUGUGCUGUGUGUGCCGUGUCCCUGUGCUGUGUGUGCUGUGUCCCUGUGCUGUGUCCCUGGCUGGGGUCUCUCCCCCUGCAGCCGCCACGCUGGCACCGUCAGGGAGCCUGGAGCUGUGGGUGCCAGAGCGUCUCACCUUCAGCCUCUGGGACUACGGGGUGUUCGCCCUGAUGCUGCUGGUGUCCACCGGGAUCGGGCUGUUCCACGGCCUCGCCAGGGGUGGCCAGAAGACAUCGGAGGAUUUCUUCACGGGGGGCCGGCGCAUGUCAGCACUGCCCGUGGGGCUCUCGCUCUCCGCCAGCUUCAUGUCAGCCAUCCAAGUGCUGGGGGUGCCGGCCGAGGUGCACCGGUACGGAGCCAAGUUCCUCUGGAUGUGCCUGGGGCAGCUCCUCAACACACUGCUCACUGCAAAGCUCUUCCUCCCUGUCUUCUACCGCCUGGGGCUCACCAGCACCUAUGAGUACCUGGAGCGGCGCUUCAGCAGGAGUGUGCGGCUCUGCGGGACCCUGCAGUACGUGAUGGCCACGAUGCUGUACACAGGGAUCGUCAUCUAUGCCCCAGCCCUGAUCCUUAACCAAGUGACCGGCCUGGACAUCUGGGCGUCCCUGCUCUCCACCGGAGCCAUCUGCACCUUCUACACCACCAUAGGUGGGAUGAAGGCUGUCGUCUGGACAGACGUCUUCCAGGUCUUCGUGAUGCUCUCUGGCUUCCUCGCCAUCAUCAUCCGAGGGGUGCUGCUGGUGGGGGGCCCCACCAUGGUGCUGGCCAUUGCUUCCAAUGGCUCCAGGGUGAACCUGGCAGACUUCAACCCCGACCCACGGAGCCGGUACACGGUGUGGACCUUCCUGGUGGGAGGCACGCUGGUCUGGCUGUCCAUGUACGGUGUCAACCAGGCCCAGGUCCAGCGCUAUGUGGCCUGCAGGACCGAGAGGGAGGCCAGGAUGGCACUGCUGGUCAAUCAAGUGGGGCUCUUCUGCAUCGUCUCCAGUGCAGUGGCCUGUGGCCUUGUGAUGUUUGCACUCUACAAGGACUGCGAUCCCCUCCUUGCUGGCUACAUCUCAGCCCCCGACCAGUACAUGCCCUACCUGGUGCUUGACAUCUUCAAGACAACCCCAGGGGUGCCCGGGCUGUUCCUGGCCUGUGCCUACAGUGGGACUCUGAGCACGGCCUCCACCAGCAUCAACGCCAUGGCCGCCGUCACUGUCGAGGACCUCAUCAAGCCCAGGCUGCCUGCGCUGGCACCGCGGCGGCUGACCCUUAUCUCCAAGGGGCUGUCGCUCAUCUAUGGCACCUCGUGCAUCACGGUGGCUGCUCUGGCCUCGCUGCUGGGGGGGGGUGUGCUGCAGGGCUCCUUCACAGUCAUGGGGGUGAUCAGCGGCCCGCUGCUGGGUGCCUUCAUCCUGGGCAUGUUCCUGCCCAUGUGCUCUACAGCCGGCGUGAUGGGGGGCCUGGCCGUUGGCCUGGCCCUCUCCUUGUGGGUGGCCGUGGGGGGCACCCUGUACCCCCCCAGCGCUGCGACCAUGGGGGUGCUGCCAGCCUCCGGAGCCCUCUGCCCCCUCUACAACCGCACCGCUGGCACCAACAGCACCUUGGUGCUGGGACCGCUGCUCCCCCCCGAGGAACCCACGGCGCCAGCACGCCCAGCCAUCGUCGCUGACUUCUAUGCCAUCUCCUACCUGUACUAUGGGGCACUGGGGACCCUCACCACAGUGGUGGCCGGGGUCCUGCUCAGCUCCGUGUCAGGGCCGAGCAAGCGGACACGCCUGCCCCCGGGCGUGCUGUGGUGGGACAUCACGAAACAGACGUCCUCAGUGGCCCCCACAGGCAGCAGAACCCCGGGGGAAGAGGCCCUGGGCAAGGCUGAAGCCCCUCAGGUGCUACUGGAGGGGGAUGGCAGCACCCCCUGGAGCCCUCCCGAGCCUAGCACCACCACUGACCUCCUGCUGCAGGAGACCCACGUGUAGGGUGUGGGGCAGGGGGAUCACAGGGGUAGGAUAACACAGGAUAGAGUGUCCAAUAAAGGAAGAGCUGUUUCA